AUGGCGAGCAGUUUUCCUAUGUUCACUCGCCUUCCGCUUUGUGGGUUCAGUCUGUCACUACCAGUGGGUUUAAGGUGUGUGUCCGUGAGUCGGGAACUCCAUCAAAUGGUAGUGGUAUUAUCAACUGGUUGGCCUUUCAAGAUCGACCCGAUAUCACACAUGGAAGUGUUAGUUUUAAUGGAUAUUGGACAACAGAAACCAGAUGCGAGAAAAUAUCUUUCUCACAGAAACCAGAUGCGAGAAAAUAUCUUUCUCACAGAUCCAGUGUGUACCAGUAACGGAACAACAUACGACAACAAAUGUCUGUACGAGUUGAGCUACUGCAGAGGACUGGACAACAAUACUGUUUAUCACCCAGGGAGCUGUGAGGGUUUUCCCAUCGUGCAUGGUCGUGAAGAACUUCUUCGUGUUCCCAAAUGGUCUGAUUCAAGCUGCAAGACAGUGGUAUUCCCACCAUACAGGUUUUAUCCGGAUAAGCAAGUUCAUGUCCAAAUAACUCUGAAUCACAUGAACUUGAAUGACACCGUUACAGUUCACGAUGCAAUUACAUCAUGGACGGAGAAUGUCAAUGUUCACAAUUUCACAGUCUGCGCCAUGCAAUCUGGGAGGAAUGGAAACAACUUCAACCCAUUUGCGACUUUGGAUUGGAUUGCGUAUCAAGGAGCACCACGAGAAGGACUGACGGGAAUGAUCAAGAUGCAGAAAUGGUGGUCUGGAACAAAUUGCGCGGAUGUGAAUUUUCCAAAGGACAGGUUUAAGAGGGCGCCACUAGUGCUCGUGGCAUCCGAACAUUUAAGGACUGGUAAGGAGUAUGAUGCCGCGCUGAUCUGGACAGAGGACGUAACCAAGGACUCAUUUAAAGUCUGCCUUCGAGAAUUGCAAAACUUUGAUGGAAAACAUCAAGAUAUCAAUGUGAACUGGUUGGCGUUUUCCAAACUGCACAAACCAUUGUUCGCUGAACAUGGUUCUGUCAACUUUCCGAAUACAAAUCCACCAACAGAUGAAAAUAACAACGCUUACUGUGAGUUUGUCCACUUUAUACGAAGUUAUAACGUAACACCAUCGGUUCUCAUAUCAGCCAAUCACAGCACAACAGCAAGUGGAAACUUGGCACCAGUUCAUAACGGCAUAACAACAUGGAUCGAGAACAUGAAUGCAACUGGAUUUAGAGCCUGUGUCAAGGAAUUAUACGAAACACGAUAUGACCCAGUGUCAGUGAGCUAUGCGGUCUUUACAGAUGUCUGUGAUCCGGAGUGGAGCUAUUUCAACGGCUACUGUUACUUAACGAGUCCGAAAUGCGCAAACUGGACCACAGCAUUGUCAAAAUGCCGUCUAGAAAGUUCAGUCCUGGUUGAUGUUAACAACAAUGAAGAAAAUGUAUUUAUACAGAAUCGACUCAAUGGGUAAAAAUCUUGGCUUGGCUUCAAUGACAGAUCAACAGAGGGUGACUUCAUUUGGACAGAUCGCGGCCCUGGAAACUUUACAGCUUGGGCCAAGAAUCAACCAAACAACUUCAGAGAAGAAGA